AUGAAUAAAGAAGUGUGUAAAAAGUUCGAGAAUAUAAGGACAAAUUUUACAUAUCAAUCGAGUAAUAAAAGCUAUCAAAUUAAAAAUGAGAAUGAUUUCAAAAAGUAUUGUACUAGUAAUAAUUGUUCGACUGAGUUCGAUAAAAUUAGCGCUGGAUGUUUAUAUUUGUUUGAUGCAUUCUUUGAGAGUUCUUCUUCGUUUAAGAAUCUUGCAAACAGUAACAUCAAUGUUGUUGAUUACAUUAUGCUAUGGUUAAGUUAUAUACUAAGCCUAAAGAAUAAUGAAUUUAAAAACAGUCUAAAAUCUUUUUAUAGUACAGUUAUAAAUAGUGAUGAAAAGUAUAAAAAAUCUAUAAACUAUGUUGAAGGUAAUAGUAAUUAUAGGGAUCUUAUAGUUAAAAAACACAAUUUGACGAAUGACGAUAUGGAUAAUAAUAUUAUAUCUAAAUUAUAUGAUGCAUUUAAAUUAUUAUGUGAAAUGUAUACUGCAUUUGAUGAAAGCACGUUAAAUUGCACAAACUGUUCGGAAAAAGCUAGUCAAUUUGUUAAUAAAUAUGAAGAACUUAAUAGAGAUUCUAACAAUACUUAUGGUAGUUCACAUAAUAAAAUAUUAUCUACUUUAUCAACCGAUUAUAAUAAAUUAAAAGAUAAAUGUAGCAAUACUUCAUCAUUUCCAUCGAUAGACCCAGUAAAAUUUUCUGAAAAAAGUUCUCAAGUUACAUCAAGUUCGUCGAUAGCAAACAAACUAUUACUAGUUUUAUCUAUAUUUGGUGCAAUAGGAAUUUUCGUUGGAAUUUCUUAUAAGUAUUCGUUAUUUGGAUUUCGGAAACGAGUUCAAAAACAAUAUUUAAGAGAAAAAAUAAAAAAUAUAAAGAAGAGAAUGGUUCAUUAA